GGCAGCAGUGAGCGGGACUAUGAGAGAGCGCAGCCGCCAGACACUCAAACCGCGUGGCGCUCGGACCAAGCACCGUGCUGAAGACGCAAAGUUGCGCGUUUUUUCGUGGAUCCACAGAGGCACUGGGCUCGUUUUCAGUCGCACUGGCAGUUGAGCUACACUCUGCUGUGAUUUUUUUGUUUUUAUAUAUAUGCACCCCUUUUUAUCACUAUCAUUAAUAUCAGAACUGACUGCUUGGCUCUUAUUUUGGAAGAAACUUCCCCCCACUGACAUCCACGCGGUGGAUAUGCGUGUUGGAGACGGUUCACUGGCAGGGAGAUAAGAAGAGCCAAGCGCACGCACUUUCAGACGUGCUGCAAGUAACUUUUCCACGCGCGUGGUGGUAGUGGCAAAGUGGGCAGACAGAUCUGCUGCCUCGUGCUGAAACUUUUACCUUCCCCACUGAACCCACAGACUUUGUUUGAGCACCAGCUGCAGUCAGUCAUGGUGGCUCAGUCCAUCACAGCGACCAGCGCGGACUUGCCGCUCAGCGACUCCAUCGACCCGGGUGAGAUGGACCCAGACUCGGCCACGGCCGCCUCCUCCUCCGCCUCGCCGUCCCCGGGCUCUCCAACCCUGGCCGGGGACAAGCUGGACGUGGCGUGGUGCAAGACCCCCAGCGGCCACAUCAAGCGGCCCAUGAACGCGUUCAUGGUCUGGUCGCAGAUCGAGCGCAGGAAGAUCAUGGAGCAGUCUCCGGACAUGCACAACGCCGAGAUUUCCAAGCGCCUCGGCAAACGCUGGAAGCUGCUGCGCGACUGCGACAAGAUCCCCUUCAUCAGAGAGGCCGAGAGGCUCCGGCUCAAGCACAUGGCCGACUACCCGGACUACAAGUACCGACCGAGGAAGAAAGUCAAGCCCUCCUCGUCUUCUUCCUCUUCCUCCUCCUCUUCCAGCAAGGCUGGCGACAAAGUGGGCGGCAACCCGGGCGGCAAGCCCUCCUCCAAGAAGAGCCACGGGGGCAAACCCCUCAAGACGCACAGGAAAUCCACCGCGCUGGAGCAGCCCGGCGUGGACCACCACUCGCUCUACAAGCCACGGGCGGCGUCGUCAGCCAAGCCGGCCAAGCGCGCUUCCUCGGCGGGGGGCGCGUCCGAGAGCCAGCCGCUGUGCGUGGCCGUGCCGUCCAGCCCGACUCUGAGCAGUUCCGCCGAAUCCUGCGACCCGCUGAGCCUCUACGAGGACGGCAAAGAGGAGGUGGAAACAUCUGGCGCAGCAGCCAUGCUGGCCCCACGCAACUUCAAGCACGCGCGCGCCUCUUCUCCGGCACCUUCAGCCUCGCACUCGUCCUCCCAGUCGUCCUCCUCUUCCUCUUCCUCGGACGAAGAGUUCGAGGACGACCUCCUCGACCUCAACCCGAGUCCAGGGUUCGGCGGCCUGGGCGGAUUCGGCGCCGUGUCCCUGGACAGAGACUUGGAUUUGGGCUUGGAGUCCGGCUCCGGCUCGCACUUCGACUUUCCAGACUACUGCACGCCAGAGGUGAGUGAGAUGAUCUCUGGAGACUGGCUGGAGUCCACCAUAUCCAACUUGGUCUUCACAUACUGACUGUUAUGAGCCUAUAAGCAAGUCCAGCUGAAGUUGAUGACGUGAAGAUGGACCUAAACGUGGUCCAUGCUGGGGGGGCAAAGCCAUGAUAACCUAACAUGCUUUCUCCUGUUUCUCUCAUUGCUGUGGGGUCGUCUCCAAAACGCCCACGCCAGUUGAAAAUAAAAACGCUUAGCUUGCUCGUUUGGUGGCUGAAGACGAUGACUUAAGUGUUGAGGAAAAGCAUUGCACAGUGGCGAAGAGGAAGACGAGGCUGUCCGGCCGUUUCUGUUCAACUUAAAUGGACUCACGCUCGAGAACUUUGGCGCAAAAUAAGGUGAGCGAUCAUUUUUAGCGAGGAAAUCCGCAAUUCCUUUGGACGGAGUGGUUUUUUAGCCAGGCGUAAAGAAAGAGAGAAGUAAAGAAAGAGACUGAAAAAGCAUGCUGGUUGAGUUUUAGUCUGAAAAUGAACUGUGUUGUUUUUUUUUUAAUGAGAAUUGCAGCGCCAUGAAAGACUGAAAAAAGAAAGUAACAAUCACCAGCUUUUCCUGUCAGGAUUCAAAAACGCAACUCAGACGGUUCAACUUUCUACACUACAAAGGAAAAAAAAAAGAAGAGAGAAAAAAAAAUCAGGACCAAACUUCUCUCCCUUUUUGCCUUUUUCCCUUUUUUUCAUCCAGCUUUAUAACUUCUUUGUGCUCAGAAGAAAAAGGACACUUUUAUAUCGAUGUAUUUAUAAUGGUUUGUACUUUUGAUUUUUCCUCUGUUUAAAGCUGUUCUCAUCUGUCUUCUUGUGCACACGUCCGUCUCUGUUUGCAGAAGGGCUAGAACUGCAUCGUGUUAUUUAACUCAUGACCUCUCACGCGGAGAAAGGAGAAUCGAAACGUUUCGUUUAUUUUCUACGUGUAUUUUUGUACAAAUUUAUCAAGAACAUCGCUGUUUUUUUUUUU